AUGCCUCUUAGACCUGAAGAGUACAAGAUGCGAGUUGCCUUGAUGAGUGAAGUAGAGAAAAGUAUUCAUCAUGGUGGACAAGUGCAAGUACUAGUCAGUUCAGACCGUACUGGGCUCCACCGUACUUCAAUCGUCUCUUCAGCUUUUGAAUUUCAAAGUGCUGACCAAAUUCUGGAUUAUUUGGGUAUGUUGCAAUUGGAAAAAAGGUAUUCAAUCAACAUUACAGGCUUCAAAAGUCCAAUAAUCAUGUACACGGUUCUAUGCAUGGCAAUAUGCUGGAGCUUGGCCAUAAUGACAAUUAUGUGUUCGCAUUUCUACGAAACUGGCAUCGAAUGUGAGCACGGUGAUAAGAAAUGUAUUGAAGAGGCGAAUGAAAUGCGGACGAUUGAAAAACAGUUCUUCUCCGGCAAGGACCAGUGGCUAGGUCCUGAAUGGUCGGCUUCAAUCUUCUUCAUUGGAGACCUGCUUGGUGGUAUCACGCUUUCUUAUUAUGCAGAUGUGUAGGUUUUUUUUCGUCAUCUUAUUUUAAUGUUACGGAAGAUAUAUGAAUCAUGUUUAAAUUGGCAAUGGAAACUUUUCGACCUCCCUUUUUUAGUUAUACUGUAUACCAUAUAGCAAAAUAUUUUUUAGCCACGGUAGAAAGAAAAUCGUAUUUCCAUCAAUGUUUAUAAUGGGAUUCCUGCUGAUUGUAUCUACAUUUGCCACAACUUUGAUCGGGUUUCUAGUGCUACGCUUCAUGGCUGGAUUCUUUUUGACGGUAAGCUUCAUUACUGUAUCCUAUUGUAAAUUGAAAUUGUAAUAUGUCAUUGUUAAUUCAUAUAUGCUUCAGGCCUCCUUUGUAAUCGUAUGGGUCCAUGCCAGUGAGUGUAUCAGUUCAAGGUACCAUAUUAUAUUAUCUGUCAUCUUUGGAUUCACAUGGGUAAUUGGAUAUGCUUGUGUAGCUCUUAUAGCAACAUUCCUACACGAUUGGAGACAAGCAACGGUGAUCGUAGCGGUUCCUCAGCUUAUAAUCUCUUUUUCACUUUGGUUGUAAGUUUAACUUUCAUAUCGUUGAAUUCAAACAUUAAACGGACGAUUUAGCUCAGAAUUUCUGUGCUAAAGGCCUGAUAAUGAGUAAUCUAAUAUGUUAGUUAAUAUAAUACAUAUUUCAGUACCAUCCCAGAAUCCUUCCAAUUCGUAGUAGAAAAACGACAAACAGCAGAACUUCAUAUGUGGCUAAAAUCAUCAAGAAACCCUUACCUUGACCAGAAUGUGGAUGCAGAAAAGUUCAUUCAACGUACUCACAAACACAAAGGAGAUGAUGGUGCUGAUGACCUAAGCGGAUUCGUAAAAUACCUACGUGAACAUGGAUCAUUGAUCAAGAUUGUCAUCAUGUCGGCUUGUAUGUGGUAAGAAACUUCAUUUUUCAAAGUUCUGGCCAGGGCAAUAUGUAGAAGAGGGUUUUGAACUGAGCUUGGCAGUACAGCCCGGCUUGAACCUGACGGCAAAACGCCCGAUAGGCUUCCAGCUUUGAUAAUAGGUUAUUUCUAAUAUCUAAAAUAAAGAAAACAAAAGAAAAAGUAAAAAAAGCACGUAAGGUAAUAUAAAUCUAAAAUAAAACAUACCUAAAAACAUAAGUAUCUUCCAGGAUUUUCACCUUCUUAUGGUACCUUGGCUUGUCGAUGCAGAGUACCUCACUCGGAGGUGAUGCCUACAAAAACUUUUUGUUGUCAGGCCUUGUAGAGAUCCCGGGCCACAUUCUAAAUCCAGUUUUGCUCAAAUAUUUAGGCAGAAAACGUACCACAGUAACUGUAUACACGUUGGGUACGAUAUGUCUUCUUGGCCUUUCGUAUGUCGAAAACAGUAGGUUUUAAAUGAUUUUGUGACAGGUUUUAAUUGACUAAAUUAAGAAAAAAACUUAAAUAUAAGGUAAAAAAUACAUUGCCUUUAUAAAAUUCGCAAAACUCUGCUCCAAAGACCAUUUUCGCAUCAAUGUCAUAGACGACCAGAUUUAUCAUGGAUAAUAUAACUUGAGCCAAUUAAAACAAAACAUUAAAAUAAUACUCAAAACAAUAAAAAUAUCUUCAGCUCAAUCCCAGCUGUAUUUAUCAGUUUGGUUAUGCGCCAAAUCCUUAUCGGCCGCAGCCUUUAUGAACUUAUUCAUCAACGGAGCCGUCAUCUUUCCAACGGCUAUAAGGAAUUCAGCAAUGGGUAUCUGUGCGGUAUGUAGCAAUAUUGGAGCUUCAAUUGGACCACACAUACCUCAUUUGGUAAGAUUUUUAUUAAACUUCGCGAACAGCGGCUGUUUAGCAGCUUAUAACAUGUACAAUCGAUAAUAAAUUAUAUAAUCCAAGCUAAAAUUAAACUGAGGGACUUCAAAACAUAAAACAAACCAGAAAUUUGAGCUUUACAUUAUCAGUCACCUAAAAACUACUUACGCUUUCUAGAAAAAGUUUGGCCACCCAGUACCGUGGAUUGUCUUUGGACUAGCUACGGCCGCUUCAGGGAUACUGGCGAAUUCAAUGCCCAAAGCUGAAACUGACGAUGAAGAAGCUCCAAAUGGAUAUGUUGAAGUACCUUUAGUUGAAGAAGAAUAA